AUGGCGUUUGCUCAAAAUGACAGCCAAGUUGGAGAAAAAAAUCUUGGCCAGGAACCCAUCUCCGGAAUAAGUCGUCUGUUUAAUGGCACAGAGCCUAUUGUCUUGGACAGUUUAAAACAACAUUAUUUCAUUGAUCGAGAUGGUGAAAUUUUCAGAUAUAUAUUAAGCUUCCUAAGGACAUCUAAGCUACUGCUCCCAGAUGACUUUAAGGACUUUAAUCUUUUAUAUGAAGAAGCAAAGUAUUACCAGCUGCAGCCAAUGAUUAAGGAACUUGAGCGAUGGAAACAAGAGAAAGAACAAAGGAAACAUUUCCAGCCUUGUGACUGCUUGGUUGUAAGAGUGACUCCAGAUCUGGGGGAAAGAAUUGCAUUGAGUGGGGAGAAAGCUUUAAUAGAAGAGAUCUUCCCCGAGACCGGGGACGUCAUGUGCAACUCUGUAAAUGCCGGCUGGAACCAGGACCCUACCCACGUUAUUAGGUUUCCUUUGAACGGAUACUGCCGGUUGAAUUCAGUGCAGGUGCUCGAAAGAUUAUUUCAGAAGGGAUUUAACGUGGCAGCUUCGUGCGGUGGUGGGGUGGAUUCCUCUCAGUUCAGUGAAUACGUGCUGUGUCGCGAAGACAGACGACCACAACCUACCCCAACGAUCAGAAUAAAACAGGAGCCACUGGACUAGACCCUACCCCUACUCCUUUGUAACCGUAGAAGUGUUUAAUAGUCCCUUAUGUGAAACACUAAGGAUUUGCAAAACAGUAUUAGCAAACAGAUUUUGACUUUAUGUUGCCAAUUAGUGGUAUUCUGAAACUACCUGUCACAGAGCCAGCCAUGAAAUGCAUUUGAAAAACCAGUUGUCCGUUUUUCACAAUGAAAUUCCUGAGCAUGCUCAGCGUACCAGGCCUGCUGGGAAUGUACUUUGGGCUGAACAGCUGCCAUGGUGAAAAAGGCAAAGCUUUGUAAACCCCUGACCCUACAUUGGACUUCUGCAGAAAGACCAGUUAAAGCAAUUUGAAGACAUCAGCAGGAGAAAUGGUUCUGGCAGUCUUUCCAACGACACCCCGAUG